AUGUACGGAGUUAAUUACCAAGAACUGACUAACAGGAUGCUCUCUUCAAUGGAUGAGUUCCAAGAAGCAUUCCAGUUGUUUGACAGCCGUGGAGAUGGCAAGAUCCACGUGUCCCAAAUUGGCGAUGCCCUAAGGGCUCUAGGGCAAAACCCCACCGAGUCAGACGUCAAAAAAUUCACCCACCAGCACAAGCCAGAUGAGCGCAUCAGUUUUGAAGUUUUUUUGCCAAUUUAUCAAGCUAUUAGCAAGUCUCGCACGUCUGACACUGCUGAUGAUUUCAUCGAGGGAUUACGUCACUUUGAUAAAGAUGGAAAUGGUAUCAUUUCCUCAGCUGAGUUGAGACACCUGUUGACUACUCUUGGUGAGAAACUGAGCGAUGAAGAAGUUGAAACACUCUUGGCUGGGCACGAAGAUUCUCAGGGAAAUAUUAAUUACGAAGAAUUUGUCCGUCAUGUUAUGUGCGGUUAA